CCAAUUUUACUCAUCCCUCUCAAUUUUCCCUCAAUUCAGAAACCAAAGCUUCAAACUUUCCUUUCAGUUGAGUCCACCAUGGCACGUACCAAGCAAACCGCUCGCAAGUCCACCGGCGGCAAGGCGCCACGUAAGCAGCUGGCGACGAAGGCGGCUCGGAAGUCCGCUCCGGCGACCGGAGGAGUGAAGAAGCCCCACCGCUUCAGGCCGGGGACGGUGGCGCUGAGGGAGAUCAGGAAGUACCAGAAGAGCACCGAGCUUCUGAUUCGGAAGCUUCCAUUUCAGCGGUUGGUGAGGGAAAUCGCGCAGGACUUCAAGACUGAUUUGAGGUUUCAGAGUAGCGCUGUUUCCGCUCUUCAGGAAGCUGCUGAGGCUUAUCUCGUUGGACUGUUUGAGGACACUAACUUGUGCGCCAUUCACGCUAAGAGGGUCACCAUUAUGCCUAAGGACAUUCAACUCGCUCGUAGGAUUAGGGGCGAGAGGGCUUAGAUAGUUUCUACCUGAUUUGUGCUUUAGGGUUAGGGUUAGGGUUUAUGAUUUUGAAGGACAUGUUUGGGGUUUGACUUCUGAUUGGUUGUAACAAAUGUGGUAUGUGAAAUGUGAAUCUGCUUGCCUUUAUGUAACUAUUUUGUUUUAUUUUUCAAGUUAAUUUAGAUUCAAGUGUUAUGGAAGAUUAUUCUUGAUCUAUUGAGAUGCUAAUUGCUA